AUGGAGCCGGGGCUGGAAGGCAGCAGCUGCCCCUACGACGCCAUCGAGGUGUUCGACGGAGGGUCCCCCCAGAGCGGGCGCCUCGGCCUCGUUUGCCGGAACGACGAUCGCGUCUUCAACUCCUCCGGGAACCAGCUCACCGUCCUGUUCCGCAGCGAUGGCAGCGUCACCCGGAGGGGCUUCCACGCCUACUACUCAUCAUUUCUUGCCUUCAAUGCCACCGUGGCUCCCGAUACUUCCACUCCAUCACCAACCUCAGAAGAUUAUUCUUGUGGUGGUUUGCUCUCCUCUUCAUCUGGUACCUUACAGAGCCCAUUUUAUCCCAGAAAUUAUCCAAACAAUGCCAACUGCGUGUGGGAAAUACAAGUAAAAAGCAACUUCCGUGUCAUGCUUGAAUUUACAGAUAUUCAGAUGGAAGGUGGCAGAUGCCUCUCUGACUAUGUGGAAAUCUAUGAUGGGCCCCUGCAAACCUCUCCUCUCCUUGGGAAGAUUUGUUCUGGUUAUCACCCCAGGUACACAUCGUCCUCAAACCUGCUGAGCGUCCGCUUUCACAGCGACUCCCGAUACACAUACAGAGGGUUUCAGGCCAACUAUUAUUCCACUCCAGCUGAUGACAGCACCACCCUUCUGUGCUUGCCAACCUACAUGAGAGCAGUGGUAGACAGACACUACCUCCAGUCCCAGGGCUACUCAGUGGGGAGCAUCAGCCUGGCAGACCCUCAGUGUAGACCAAAAAUUACAUCAACUGAGGUUAUAUUCAACGUCUCAUACAGUGACUGUGGUACACAUAGACAGGGCAACAAUGAAACCAUCACCUACUCCAACGUGAUAAAAGUGCCUGCUCCUGGCAGAAUCAUCAAGAGGCAAAAGGAUCUUCACUUGCACAUCAGCUGCAAAAUGCUGCAGAACACCUGGGUUCAAGUCCUGUACAUUGCUGAUGAUAUCAUUGAUGUCAACAAAACCCAGUAUGGCAGAUACAACGUGAGCCUGAUGUUCUACAACUCCUCAACUUUCCAGUGGCCAGUGUAUGACUUCCCAUACUAUGUUGACAUGAACCAGAAUUUGUUCCUCCAAGCUUCUCUUCACAGCUCUGACCAAAAUCUGACCGUGUUUGUGGACACGUGUGUGGCGUCACCUAAUUCUAGUGAUUUUAGAACACUGGUCUAUGAAUUGACCAAAAGUGGGUGUGCUAGUGACCCUAGCUACGCUCUGUUCCCCUCGCCGCGCGGCGAUGUCGCUCGGUUUGGGUUUAGCGCCUUCUCCUUCGUGAACCGAUUCCCGGCGGUGUUCCUGCGCUGCGAGCUGCUGGUGUGCAGGUACCACGACUACUCCUCCCGCUGCUACCAGGGCUGUGCUAGCAGGUUCAAGAGGAAUGCAGAUUCUUCCCACCAGCAAGUGAAUGUUGUUGUUGGACCCGUGCAGCUUCGGGAAGCUCGCGCUGAGAACAGGAACAUUGGGCUGGCCUCUGACAUCCAGGCAAAAGGGAAGACUCUGAGCUCAGAGCCCGCUGCCAGCUCCCACGUUCCUCUGGCUGUGACUACCCUGGUGCUGGUAGCUGCUGUUCUCACAGUGGGAGGAUUUCUUUGGAAGAGAAAACUGCAGGAGGCCAUCCCAUACCAGAAAUUCUGA